AUGAAGUUAUCAAUAAUAACAAUUGUAGCUUUGAUUAGUGCAACAAAUGCAUUAACAUAAUAUGAACCUUAUUAUCAAUAAACCUACUUAAAUCCACAAGAUCAGCUCCAAGUUUAAUAUUCAAACUGGAUUAGCUAGCCAAAUCAUCAGCCAAAGGAUGCAGAUUCAAUUAAAUAUGUCUUGAAUGUAAACGGACUUUAAUCAGGUAUUAAUGCUCCUUAUUUUCCAAAUGUAUAGAGAUAUAUAUAGAGAAAUCGUCAUUUCACACCUCGAAUGGAUUUCCUCUGCACAUUUUGUGGUCUAAUCGUUUAAAAAUAAAAAUCUAUUGUUCCUUCAUACAAUAAAAUCUAAGCAAUGGAUAAAAGUUACAUCCCUAAAGAGCACUCAUUCUAUGAUGUAAGAGAGAAUGUGUAUGAAAAAGCGAAUCCAAAAGUCAUGAUUUAACAAUUUAAUAAAUAAUAACUACUAAGAUCAAAUUCAAAUCAGAUAAAUAAAAAGCAUAAUGAUUUGCUGAAAUAGCUUGCUGAUGCAGAAGUGUAAAAAAUUCUAAAAGACACUGAUCACUACUCAUUGUAUUCAAUGGGAGGUAGUAAUAUGAGAUGA